UAAGCUUCGACGAUAAAAACCGAGCCGUCAUGUGUCUGUCCCUCCCUCUCUCCCUCCGUCCGUCGGCCAGGCUGCAGCGGCACUCAACCUCCCCGGAACAAAACACAAGAAAACAACCAUGUCUGAGAAACUUCCCUACAAAGUUGCUGACAUCAGCCUGGCUGAAUGGGGACGUAAGGCCAUCGAUAUCGCGGAGAAUGAGAUGCCCGGCCUCAUGAAGAUGAGGGAGAUGUACAGUCAGUCCAAGCCUCUGAAGGGCGCCCGCAUCGCCGGCUGCCUCCACAUGACCCUGCAGACCGCCGUGCUCAUCGAGACCCUUACGGCCCUCGGAGCUGAGGUUCAGUGGUCGAGUUGUAAUAUUUUCUCCACUCAGGAUCACGCUGCAUCUGCCAUCGCCAAGUCUGGCAUUCCAGUGUAUGCGUGGAAGGGUGAGACGGAUGAGGAGUACGUGUGGUGCAUCGAACAGACUCUGUACUUCAAAGAUGGCCAGCCCCUCAACAUGAUCCUGGAUGACGGCGGCGACCUCACCAACCUGGUCCACCAGAAGUACCCGAAACUCCUGGCAGGUAUCCGUGGGGUGUCAGAGGAGACCACAACGGGUGUCCACAACCUGUACAAGAUGAUGAAAAAGGGGGAGCUCAAGAUCCCCGCUAUCAAUGUCAACGACUCUGUCACCAAGAGCAAGUUUGACAACCUCUACGGCUGCAGGGAGAGCCUGAUCGAUGGCAUCAAGCGAGCCACGGAUGUCAUGAUUGCCGGUAAAGUUGCUGUGGUUGCAGGUUACGGUGACGUGGGUAAGGGCUGCGUCCAGGCUCUGCGAGGAUUUGGCGCCCGCGUCAUUGUCACAGAGAUUGACCCCAUUAACGCCCUGCAGGCUGCCAUGGAGGGUUACGAAGUAACCACCAUGGAUGAGGCUUGUAAGGAGGGAAACAUCUUUGUCACCACCACCGGCUGUGAAGACAUCAUCCUGGGACACCACUUUGAGUGCAUGAAAGACGACGCUAUCGUUUGCAACAUCGGACACUUUGACUGUGAGAUCGACAUGGCCUGGCUCAACAAAAAUGCUGCAGAGAAGAUUAAUGUUAAACCUCAGGUUGAUCGCUACCGUAUGAAGAACGGCCGUCACAUCAUCGUCCUGGCAGAAGGCAGACUGGUCAACCUCGGUUGCGCCAUGGGUCACCCAUCGUUCGUUAUGAGCAACUCCUUUACCAAUCAGGUGCUGGCUCAGAUUGAGUUGUGGACAAACACAGAGAAAUACCCCUUGGGAGUCUACUUCCUACCCAAAAAGUUGGAUGAGCAGGUGGCAGCUGCCCAUCUGGACAAACUGGGGGUGAAACUCACCAAGCUGACAGAGAAGCAGGCCAAGUACCUGGGCCUGCCCUCCGAGGGGCCCUUCAAACCGGACCACUAUCGCUACUGAGCUCCCAGUUAGCCUGGAGAAGAAGAGGAGUGUUUUUCUGUAGCUGGGAUUGGUUGGUGGAGCAUUCAAGAGUUCAGUCAGGUUGCAUUCUGCUUGGUUUAGGAUGACAAAAUCUCAACUAUUCAUGGAUACAGAAACAGUUUUCUGUUCUCCAUUAAACUACCUUUUUAUAUCAAAUGGUGAAGAAAUUUCCUCUCAUUAAGUCGGGCACUGAUUCCUCCGUAGAUAAAACUUCUUAUGCCAACCAGAUGGAGUGAAUAGCUCCUGCUUAAUACAAACGCUCCCCACAAACCCAAAGAUUCUGCUGUAGCCUAAAGUUUGUGAACAAUUGGGGUGCACACAAAAAGUACAGUUUUCCUUUGCUUAAAUAAGCACUAUAUGAAAUGUCUGUCCCAUCACAUUUCCUCAUGUCACACCGUCAUCUGCAGCUGUCGCUCCUUUUUCCCAUCAAAACUCUUCUGAAACACCAAGUGUUACUGUGGCUGUCAAAGAGAGUUCCUCUUGUCAUUUGUGUCAUUCCCUCUCCAUUUACGGAAUAACAAAAACCCUAUCACCUGUCUAUCUAAAAACAACUCUUUCUUGGAUGAAGGGUGAUGGAACAUUUUUCUACUGGAGGCAAACUGAGUGCCCAGCAGCUUUACUCCAGUGUAUUUACAUUACUUUGCUUUCUGUUGGCACUUAAAAACUGUGACAUGACAGGUGUGUCCAUUAAUAAGAGUACAGACAUGCGCUGCUGCCAAAGUAACCACCAAAGCCUGUGGUGUUCUAGGUCUUAUUCUUUUUCUUUGACAUUGUGAUUUGAUGUGAUCUGACUCUGAGGGCCCAAAUAUUUGCAUCAUCCUUCCACUCAAAUUCUUUUCUUUACUCUGAUGUUCAAUGUUGUAAUUCUGGCUGUAAAAAAAUCAGGGUGGUCUCAGUUCUCAACGGUUAAAGCUCGAUGUACCAAGUUCAGCUCCUCA